CUCAACUAAGUCAGUUGUCCUCUAGGUCCGUCGGGGUGCUUCAGCUUGGAAUUUAUUGCCUUGAUUCCUCUCGUGUCUGAAAAACCUGUUGAAUCAGCGGUCUCUCUACAAAGAAUAUACUGUAUUUUCUUUGUUAAUUAUGAUCUAAACUCUAAAACAGAUUAACAAAAGAUGCGGCCCUUCAUCAGCCUUGCCCUAUUUAUUGCUUCAUCUUGCCAGUUUGCCGGCUCGACGACCUACUGUGAUGAACCUUUUGAAAAAUGCCUAUGUGGAGAGAUGGAGUAUGUCGGCAGGAUGCAGUAUGUCCUCAACUGCACCGGUCACGGUUUCACCAACGCCUCCAUCCUCCAGCAUCUUCCUCAGAAGACUCAAGUCUUAAUUUUUGUUGGAAACAACAUCCCAAAACUUCCUAGAAACUUACUUGGCACUACGAAUAACAAUUCCCAGUUGCGUGUCAUUGACAUGUCGAAUAACAAGAUUGAAGAUAUCCUUGGUCAGACUUUCCACCACGUUCCACGGGUCGAGAGGCUUAUAUUGAACCACAACGAAAUAUCUAUUUCUUUCGAUCAACAUCAUCCGAGGGUAUUCUCAAACUUUCAGAGCCUAUUGGAGUUACACUUGACCAACGCCUUUGCUGACAAUACACCAGAUGACCUCGCUAUCGACCUCCACGACAUCUUCAACACAAGUGGUUUGACAAAACUAAGAAAACUACACUUAGAAGACAAUGAAAUUAAAAAAUUCAAGGAUCCAAAAAUAUUUUGCGAGCUGAACAGCCUCAUGGACUUACAUUUAGGAAAUAAUAAACUUCAACAUGUUAACUUCAAGUUUGACUGCCUGCAACAUUUGAGAUUGAUCGAUUUGGAGCGUAAUUCUAUAAGCUACUUUAAGCCCGAGGAGCUUGAAAGCUUUGACCAGAUGGCCAAAAAACAGGAUCGUUUUGUUCUCGAUUUUUCUGACAACCCUUUGAUAUGCGGGCAAAAAACAGACGAUUUGUAUGCAUGGCUGCAGAAAACCCAAGCCGAAGUGAGGAACAAAGAGAGGCUUAGGUGUAAACCAUCAUGCCCGAAAGAAUUUGAAAAGACCGUUCUGUUGUCGGAACACCGCAAGCUGUCAAUCUGUCCACACCUACUUAAGGCAGAAGAGGGCUAUUCUUCAAGUACGGUCUUCCUUUUGUCCCUUGCCCUUGUGUUAUGCCUUUCCUUGUUGAUUUACACAAACAGAACUCCUUUAAAAGCCACUCUAUUUCCAAUAAUACAGAAUCUUUCAAGAAAGGUUCACUAUACUAAUAUAGGAAAGCCAGAAGCACAAGAAAUGGAUGUUUAAAAUGCUUUAAAGAUUUUUUUAAAAGUAGCACGAGACAAAAGCUUUUAUACAAACUAUUCACCGUGCCAAAAAAUUGUUAUUCUUUGAUAAGAAGUUAAAUUAUAAGCACAAAUUAAUGACUAACUAGAAAUAACUAAAAUUUAUGUUAAAAGUUAAAUUUAAUAUUGUUAAAAAUGUUAUAAUUCUGAUAAUUUAUUAAGUUAGACUGAAAAAAAUUAUGCAAUUAAUGAUCUUUUUAUGUACUUAAAAAAUAAUUAUUUACUUAAGUUGUUCUUCUUAAUUGUAAGUUCAUGUCUUUCUCAUAAUGGUGAAGUACAUAAGUAGACAAUCUAGUGAGAAUUGUAAUCUUCUUUAUCGACAGGAUGAAAAACAUAUCUAAUUAUGAAAAUGAAGUGAUUAAUAUUAUUCUGUGGUUUUUAUACAAUUGAAGUUUUAAAAAAAGUUUAUAUAUUUUUCUAGUCAAAAUCCUUCCAAUCUGUAUGUAUUUUUGCAGGAUUUUUUCUAAUUUAGAUAAAUGUUUUACUGCUGAAAUAUUUUUUACAUGCGUUAACUUUUUGUAGGAUUUAAAAAUAUAUAUUUUGCUAGGGAUAGCGUUAUGAUACAUUGAUAAUUUGUAACAAUUUAUUCAUUAAUAAAUUUAGAAAAUAAAUGCCAUUUAUUUUAAA